AUGUCAAUUGCGUUUGUUUACGGAUGCCGUAUACUGAAAAGGUACCCCUCGCUAAUAUUGUGCCGACACAUAUCUGAUUCGGUGGUUUUCACACCUGUUGUCCGAUCCUCCUCGAUACCAUCAAAUACGGAAAAGCCUAAACUUGAAGGGAAACUACGUGUGAAACUACUCAAAAGUCCAUCUCAUUUGGGUCAUUAUACCAGUAGGGUCAACAGGCCAUACAAUGAAGACAAUUAUAGUGCCAAUGUGCUAAAAAUCAAAGAUAAGGAAGUGUUUAACUUUAACAUAUUCGAUGGCCAUGGGGGAGACCAGUGUUGCAAGUAUCUUGCUGAUAACUUGGCUUUGAAUGUUGAAUGCAGUGAUGAUUUGGUGAAAAAGAAGAAAGCACGGGAGGAUCUAGUUAAGAAAUAUGCCAAAAAUGUUGGUGGGUAUUGGAAACGGUGGUUUAAACAUCGAGAAAAGGCAUUUGAAGCGUGGCAAGCUAGCAAAUUAUCUAUCAAAAGUUUCAAAAAGGACAUCGAAAAGAAUGACAUAGCAUUUAGGGUACCCCUCUCAUUCCUAAACACCGACUAUGAAUUCUUUCAAAAGGAGCAAGAACUGGGAUCAACAUGCACCUCGGCAUACUUUCAAACCAUUUACAACAACCCAGUGAAGUCAUUGCCCGUGGUUGAAAACUACUACUUCAAUAGAAACACCAUUUCUUUGUUGACUAUUGCCCACGUGGGUGACACCAGAGCUAUUUUGGUUGAUAAGAAUGGAUUAGCUAAUGCAUUAACGGUGGAUCACCACCCUCUGAAUCCGCUAGAAAGCAAAAGACUUCGAAGAUAUGCUGCCAAUUUCUUUAUGACAGAUUCUUUUGGUGAAGAACGAUUUAUCGCUCUAGCAAAUACCAGGGCAUUUGGCGAUGUUAGUUAUAAGGAGAUGGGCGUAACUGCUGAACCGGAGGUGACUCAAUUGAUUGUUGGAGACUCGAAGGAAAUUUCACAAAUGUUGACCACUGAUGAAAUAAAAAAAUAUACAGUUGGUGGUCUUGGAGGUGACGAGUGCUUUCUCAUUUUGUGUACCGAUGGUGUGACCAAUGUAUUGACCGAUCAAGAGAUUGCUGAUAUUAUAAUGACACAUUACAAAAGACAGGGUCAUGUCAAAGCUACACCACAACAUUGUGCAAAAGAAGUGAUUAAUUUUGUUGAGUAUGUUGGAGGUGACGAUAAUGCUACUAUAUUAGUGAUGCGGUUAAAUGGAUGGGGUAACUGGCCCAACAUCGACAGAACGGGAGAGUUGAGACAACAAAGACUAGAUGAUUACAACCCACGACGUAAUAGUGGUUGA